AUAUUUUAAAAAAUUUUUGUACAUAAUGUAACACUUACAGAGGUUUUAUAGAAAAACCUCAAAAAAAUGUUAUAAUUAGGUAUUACAUAUAUAAAUGGCUUUAACUAUUUUGAUAUUGUUGUUUACCAUACGCGAGGUAAUUUUACAAGGAACAUGUUAUUGCAAUAAUAAUGGAUUUUGUAAUCUAAAUGGGUCUUGUAACUGCAGUUUAGGAUUUUAUGGAGUAACUUGUGGCCUAUACGAUUAUUCAUACAAAAUUCAGUAUGUCUCAACUCCUAAUGAUGUUCCUCGUGUACUAGCAGAAUUAAUAAGUCAACUAUCCAAUUAUAAUAUAGCAAAUGCCUUUCGCAUAGACCCUGGAAACAUUAUUCAAGUGGUAUUUUACAAAAUUAUUACAGAUGAAGAUUUGCUACAAAUACAAAAAAUAGCUUUUAAUAUCGGAGGGCCAAUCCAAGCAAUCAACGAUUACAAUGAAUGCCUCGAACGAAAGCAGGCAUGCUAUUCUGGAAGCGUUUGCGUCAAUACAUUGGGGUCGUUUAAUUGCAUUUUAAACGAAACGAAAUCUUCAAACUUCCCGAUUGUUUAUAUAUGGGUUGGUGCGGUGGGUGCCGUUUUGAUUUUAAUGCUGUUGCUAAUCGUAUGCGUCCGAAGAAAAAAGAAAAAGAAAAUGAAGAAAAGAGAAGAACAAAUGCGUGUUCAAGAACAAGAGCGAAAAAUAAGAAGUAAUAGCGCUUUUGCAUCGGCUGAUUUGUCCGUCGGUGCAAAUUAUAUUCAAAAUAGCAGACAUAGUUCAGUGUUUGGAGAGACUUCCAGUCGAGCACUUGUUUUAAAUGGAGUUAAUGCUGACUCUGUAUCAGCCUAUUCAUAUAAUUCAAGAAACUUUGUUGGACUUGACUCCGAUCGAUAUCAUCAAAGACUUAGUGUACCAAUGUUAGACAGUUCAUCAUAUUCUAACUUUGGGUUUGCAAGAUCUUCAAGCGUUCCCCACAUAACUGCCUAUGAUAUAGCUUCCCAUCAACCAUCUAUAAAUGGAUUUAAAAAUUCACCAUCUGUUGAACUUUCCACAGAUCAAAAAAAAUAAUAUAUAAUGGUUAUUUAUAAACAUUUUUAAUGUCAAACAAAAAAGUGUAACAUGUAAGGACUUAUAGUUAUAUGUUUGUACGUGGCUAC